AGCAAGUCGAGACAUACCGUCUCAGUGUGAAUACGUACUUCUUUUUCUUCCUUUGUUGAAGCGAGUAGGGUGUGAUUUUGAGGUAGAUUUGGCUGCCAUUUCUAGCAUGUGGAGCGAUCGCAUAGAGGCGAUUCUUCUCUUUACGGGAGGUGGUUCACACUUAGCGCUUACAGCAUAGCGAUACCUUCGUCAAUUGCAUUUCACAUACAACAACAACAACAACAACAACAACAACAACUACUACUACUACUACUACUACUACUACUACUACUACUACUACUACUACUGCUACUAUUAUUACCAUACCCCCUCGAACAUCCCGUCCAUCACCACUGCUAUUAACAUCCCUAUCACCACUCCCUCUACUACUACUACUACUACUACUACUACUACUACUACUACUACUACUACUACUACUACUACAGCGGUUGCUAUUUUGCAAGGAAUAUAAACAAGACGGGUAGAGUAGGGUAGGUAGGGCCGCAGUGGCGUGAUGAAGAAAGAAAGAACGAAAGAAAGAAAGAACGAAAGAAAGAAAGGACGGAAGGAAGGAAGAAGGAAAGGUCGAAAUUGAACCGAACAGAGAGUCGAUCCGGGUAGCAGACCCUUGUUUCUGUGGCUACCGGAGUCGUAAUAUUUACAACACAGAAGGCAGAGUUAAGAGUUCUUAGUCUUUUGUUUUUGUUAUUGUUAUUGGAUAGAUGAAAAUACCGGGUAGACAGUCUAAGGAGGAUAGCAACGAAUAAGCAACGGGGUAGCGUCGGACCAUUUCGUAUGGGGCAGUAACCGAAGAAGAAGAACAACAACACCAUCAACCCACCGCAUACAUACGUUAGAAAAAUUUUAUACGGGAUCAUUCGAAGGUGGAGUUUCUCAGUUGCGGACCACACGAAAACCCUCAGCGGCCAAACAGCAUUCACAGAGCUUGCUGCUGUCAGGGAAGGACGUAUUUAAACAGGAAUGACGAGGAUCAAAUACCAGCGGUUGGGGCCGUCCCUGGAUAACACUCAUGCCGGACAUGUAACCGCAAGGCUUCAGGAUAUAUUACUUCUAAUACUUCUACUGUUGGUCACUUUCUCCGGCCACUCAGUGUCCGCCGAAUAUGAUGAUACGAAAGGAUGUCAAGUUAAAAUUCAAAAAGCAUCAUCUUCUGAAAACCAGCCAUUUGAGGCACAAGCCACCAGGGGUUAUGUUAUUAACUCCUUGAAAGUAAUUAAGCAAAUUUCUUCGCAAGAAUGCGUCCCCAAUGUAAUGUAUGGUUACACGCUCACAUCAUGGUGGGUGAAAAAGGGAUGCGUUGCAAAGUUUAAAAUAGAAGAAUGUGAUAUUGCCGAUUGUGUCAUACGUACUCGAUCAGGGAGCAAUCCUUAUUUCGUCCUCACUUACCACCCUGCGACACCGGGCUUUCGUAUAAAACUUGUUAGUCUAUGGCAGCAGACAUCCUACCACCCCUGCCGGCCUGGUUCCACUUUAUUCUACAAUGAAACGAUGUGGUGGCUUGACAAAGGAUGCGAGGGCAGGUUUCAAAUUCUUGAAUGCCCUUUACUUCCGAUCGAUUAUGCCUUGACACCAACUGAAGCGCCCGGAGGGAGUCUGGAAGUAAACGAAAAUCACAAAAGCAACAGGAAGCAUUUUAAAUUCGACGCCGACACUAUAACCCCGGGCUAUUACCCGAGCGAAAGAAGGAAAACCGUACAAGGGAGAAGCGGCAACGAUCGAAAACAACACACACACGAAGUAGAAGCUUCCGGUAACGUUCAUCCACUUACAAUGGAGAAGAGUGACACAACCACUGCCAGUCGUCAUGAAGCCAACAGCUCUCCAGCACUAUUGAUCACGACUUUGUUGCUAGUUGUCGCCCUUGGAAUACAUACUCUUCUGUAACUGUAUAUACAUAUA